CAUUUCAGCCUCCCCAAUCGCCUCCGUCUCUUUUCUCGUUCUCAACUCUGAACUUGCCCUCUCUCUCUCCCUCUGCAACUGCAAACUACAAAAUCUACGAGAAUCAGAAGUUCAAAACCCAGUUUAUAUAUCUGUCUGCAAGAAUCAAAAGUUCAAAACCUAUUACCUAUAACAAAACCCAUAUCAUUUCAGAUUGGUCAAAAAAUCAAAACCCAUAUCUUCAGUUUCCAUCGCCCACUGUUCCAGUUCGGGUUCGCCGUUCGCAAGCUUCAGCCGCUGGCCCGCUGUCUCUCAACUCUCAAGCUUGCCCCCUCUCUCUCUUCAACUGCUAAAUUUUGGGAAGCAAAUUUGGAGGGUGUAUUUAAACGAGCCCGAGCUUCAUGACACUCAACCGAGCCCGAGCCCGAGCCAGAGGCCGAGCACCUCUCCAAAGUCCGUUUGUUUGCAGCCCUAUUUCCAGCCUUCUUCAUUCCCUUGCUACUUUCUCUUUCCAAUUUUCCAAACUAAGUUGAGAACAGGUUUGUAAUUGUGGUAUGGCUGCUAAACUAACAUAAACAUGGUUGUAUCAAUCAGGCCUCAUAUGAGGCGGUUAUAUACAGUAUCAGCCAUUGCUUACAAUGAAUCCAGAGAGUCUUUGGCUUUAGGGAAAAGCAAAGACUUUUUAGCUCAAAAAACCAAUGAUGUUACUCGAGUAGAUAUGCUUGAAGUUAACUCUCAAUUGAAGGAAUUAGUCAAAACUGGUCAGCUGAAUGAUGCUCGCCAAAUGUUCGACAAAUUGCCUCACAGAGAUGAAAUCUCAUGGACCACCAUGAUAUCUGGGUAUGUGGGUGCCUCUGAUUCAUCAGAAGCAUUGGCUUUGUUCUCGAAAAUGUGGGUCGAUCAUACUCUCCAAAUGGACCCCUUCGUACUUAGUCUAGCGCUUAAAGCAUGUGGACUUGACUUCAAUGUGAAACACGGAGAAUUACUACAUGGGUACUCCGUAAAAUCUGGUUUGGUGAACUCUGUUUUUGUGGGGAGUUCCCUUUUGGAUAUGUAUUCGAAAACUGGCAAAAUUUGGGAAGGUUGUAGAGUCUUUAAUGAAAUGCCGGUCAGAAAUGUAGUUUCAUGGACUGCAAUCAUAACUGGGCUUGUUCGUGCCGGUUAUAAUAAUGAGGGGUUGAUGUAUUUUUCUGAAAUGGGAAGGGCAAGAGUGGGAUAUGAUUCGUACACAUUUGCUAUUGCACUGAAGGCGUGUGCCGACACAGGUGCUUUGAAUCAUGGGAGGGAAAUCCACACCCAAAUAAUGAAGAAAGGCUUUGAUAUGACCUCGUUUGUUUCAAAUUCUCUCGCUACUAUGUACAACAAGUGUGGGAAAAUUGAAUAUGGCUUUUGCUUAUUUGAAAACAUGAGGACGCGAGACGUGGUUUCAUGGACAACAAUAAUUACCACAUUAGUCCAAAUGGGUCAAGAGAAGCAUGCUGUUCAAGUAUUCUUGCGAAUGCGAGAAUCAGAAGUUAAUCCUAAUGAAUACACUUUUGCAGCUGUCAUAUCUGGUUGUGCCAGUCUUGGGAGAAUUGAAUGGGGUGAACAACUGCAUGCUCAUGUUUUACAUGUAGGCCUUGUGGGCUUUUUAUCAGUGGCAAAUUCCAUCAUGACCAUGUAUUCGAAAUGUGGGCAGUUGAAUUCAUCUUCAAUAGUGUUCUAUGGGAUGACCAAAAGAGACGUAGUUUCAUGGAGCACUAUAAUUGCUGCGUAUGCUCAAGGAGGUUAUGCUGAGGAAGCUUUCGAGUUCCUAUCAUGGAUGAGAAGGGAAGGACCAAAGCCAACUGAGUUUGCUCUCGCUAGUGUGUUGAGUGUCUGUGGAAAUAUGGCCAUUCUCGAGCAAGGGAAGCAACUCCAUGCUCAUGUCUUGUCCAUUGGAUUAGAACAUACAGCUAUGAUACAUAGUGCUUUGAUCAAUAUGUACUCAAAAUGUGGAAGUAUUGAAGAAGCUUCAAGGAUCUUUAAUGUGGCAGGAAAUGACGAUAUUGUGUCAUGGACAGCCAUGAUUAAUGGAUAUGCUGAACAUGGGUGCAGCAGAGAAGCUAUUGAUUUGUUUGAGAAAAUUCAUAGGGUCGGUUUAAGACCAGACCCUGUGACCUUCAUUGGAGUUCUUGGUGCCUGCAGCCACGCUGGACUUGUUGACCUUGGAUUUCACUAUUUCAAUUCUAUGAGGACAAAGUAUAAGAUCAAUCCUUCAAAAGAACAUUAUGGCUGUAUGAUUGAUCUUCUCUGUAGAGCUGGAAGAUUAAGUGACGCUGAGCACAUGAUCAGAAGUAUGCCAUUUGAACGGGACGAUGUUGUCUGGUCAACCCUGCUAAGAGCAUGUAGGUUACGUGGUGAUGUAGAGUGUGGUAGACGCACUGCAGAGAGGAUUCUUGAAUUGGAUCCAAAUUCUGCGGGAACCCAUAUUACCUUAGCUAACAUCUAUUCUGCCAAAGGGAAAUGGCGAGAAGCAGCAGAUAUAAGGAAGUUAAUGAAGUCAAAGGGUGUGAUCAAGGAGCCCGGAUGGUCUUGGAUUAAGGUCAAGGACCGUGUUACUGCAUUUGUUGCUGGUGAUAGAUCCCUCCCUGAAGGCGAUAAUGUAUACAGCAUUUUGGAUUUACUAGCUUCAAGAACAGAAUUUGCUGUCCAAGAAAUGGGUUCUCUUCCAUAUGACAUUGAAGAUUAGAAAAAGCUUGAACUAUGCUUCCUUAUCUUCAGAUUCAAGUUUUGCCUCUAAUGUUGUAAUUUUUUCAUUUCAUUUGAGAGCUACAGAUCACAAACAAGAAACAAAUUGAUUUUUGGGUCAACAAUAUGUAAUAUUAUCAAUGAGCGCGAAACCAAUUUACAGAUGAACCACGAAGCUGAUUAUACAAGGCGAUUUUGCCAAUGAUUGAUUAGUUCCAUUGUAAGAAUGUUAUGUUUAUAAUCUCUAAUUUAUAGGUCCCAAAUACUGUUCUCGUCAUAACAGAAAUCCAUGGUCACUCAUCUCUGGUGGCAUAAGGUGGGUACUUAAGUUGUAUCCUAAUUCGACAUUGUAUAUCUUGUAUUGCUAUGAGAAAUUCACCAAUGUUGAUGAGGUCAUACCAGUGAGUGCUAAAUAUGGUCAUGGAGUGGAUGAUGUCAAGGACUGGAUACUAUCAAAACUUCCAGUUGGGCCAGUUUAUUAUCCGAAGCGGUUUCUCUAUCAGAUUCUCUGUGGUGUUGCUUAUUGUCAUUCUCUUAAAAUACUCAUCGGGAUUUGAAACCUAAGAAUUUGCUGAUAGAUAUCGACAGCAAGGUCAUGAAGAUUGCUGACUUUGGAUUGGAAAGGGCAUUUGGUGUUUCUCUUAGGACCUACACUGGCAAUGUAUGUCGCUGAUCAUUUCUAUUAUCCUGGUAUUUUUCCUUUUGUAUACUUGAUUGUUUUGGUAACAAAUUUUCACUUGCCACGGGGAUAUGCAGGCUUGAAAAUUGGGCAAUUUGAAUACUGUCAAUUUAGGACACAUUUAGAUAUGCCUUUCUUUUUAAUGUGGGAUGGGGAACUGAUAGCAAUUUCUAGAUUGCUCCUUAGAGGGCAUUUGGACAUUAUGCGUCGUAAUAAGAAAUCAUGUUUAUGAAAUUUGUUAUGUUCUAUUUUCCUUAAUGCUGGCUUGGUAUUUUUGAGUGAUGUUGAGAUUUUUCCUUCAUGGGCAUCUAGAUGUUACCUGCAUACCAAAAAGUGUUUUUUCUUAUACUGAUUUUAGCAAGAAAAGCUGUAAAUUUUACUGAAAAAUUAUUAUUCUUCCUGAAUGUUGCCCUGGAAGUUGAGAUCAAGCUGAAUGGGUUGGCGGAGUGGAGUAAUUCCACUUCCUCUUAGAAAACAAAUGUGUUUAUGAUCCUUGUAAAACAUUCAUACUUUACUAUUGUAUAACUAGUUGAAUAAAAAAUGGUUAUUCUCCUGAGUCCUGACUGUGGGUGCAGUCACUCAGAGAAAUUUGGGAAGUUCUCCUCUAGGUGUCCUAAGUUUUCUAAAUCCAUGGUAGUUGGAAAAGUGUCAUUCUAAUUGUAAUUUCCUGUAAUUAGUGUCAUUCUUUCUCAAUGUUGUUUGGAUGAUAAGAGUAAACUGAGCGAACACACUCUAGCGGUUGUGAUUAGGGCAGGAUUAUCUUUUUAUACAAAACUUAUCAAUACAUCUUUUAGAAUACCAUGAUUUGAUCACUUUUGUAUUCUUUUACAAGGGAACUUUCAAGCAUCAGUCAACUUGUUUAUCACAUUGUCUAUGAUUUUCGUACUUUUGAAGUGCACUCCAGGUAGCAACUCUAGGAUACAAGGCACCCGAAGUCCUGCUUGGCUCCAAUUACUCCACUCCCGUUGAUGUAUGGUCUGUGGGGUGUAUAUUUGCUGAGAUGGUGACCCUUCGACCUCUUUUCUGUGCAACUAGUGAGAGCACUGUAUUCAUGGACAAAUUCGGGUGCUAAUAUAGCUCACACAAACCGAAUUUAUGUGCAUUUUCCAUCUCAAGUUAAUAAGUCAUAUUUACAUCUGCAUUCCUGUAUGAAGCUUAUUGGUGUGCCAAAUGAUGAAGCAACCUGGCCUGGAGUGACUUCAUUACGUCGCUACAUUGCUAACGGUAAUAGGGAUUUUGAGCUUGUUUUGUCUCUUGAUCUUCCUGUCACCUUGUUUCUCUUCUACCAACAGUUCCCCCAUGUCACACGAAACCUUGGAGAUGAGGUCGCUGGACUUGAACCUGCUGGAUUGGAUCUGCUUUCUAAAAUGCUCUGCUUGGAUCCCCGUAGAAGGAUUACUGCCUCUGAUGCACUUAAGCAUUCAUACUUGAGAAAUUUCUCAGUUCGUCCUUGAUUGCCCAUUCUUCAUCUACCUUUUUCACUUGAUUCUUCUUUUCCACUCUAACUACAAAAAAUAUGUACAUCAUUUGUAUGAGUACUAUUGCACUUAUUAGAAACUAUUAAUGUAACAAGGUUUUGAAUGUUGCUACAACUUGCCACUUUUUAACCCAAAAGCCAGGUGGGAAGGCAAAAAGAAAUUGUAGAAAAUUUUUAGUUUACGAUCAAUAUUUGUGAUGUGAAAUUAUAUGAGCGAUACGAUCAAUGAGAGUUAGACUUUUUUAUUUUCCUUUCUGACUGAGGGUAUGCCUUCUGUGCAUCUGUAUUUAAUCGUUUUAUUCUUUUGCUAUACAACAAUACCAAUUAUGAAUUUUUUUUUUUUACAUAUGUACAUAAAUAUGUGUGAUGUGAAAUUGGUUUACAUUUAUCUUCUAUUUAUUUUCUGAUCAUAA